GCCAGCGUGAUCCCCCCGGUCUCGCCCUAUGGGACAGCGGCUUCCUGGGGAGGUAACAGGCCGGAUCCAGGAGACCCGUAAACUGGAGGUGAUGAAAUCGGACCGAGGUCAAAGGGAGCGAAGGGGAGGAGACUGGGGGAAGGAUGUGAAGCGAUUUUUUUUAAAGAAAAGAUCGCGUGAUCAGUCUUGGAGCUGUUAUAAAGUACGGCGGCGACCUGGAAGUGUGCGGCACAAGGUCGAGGCGGAGGAAAUGGAGGUGGCAAUGUUUACGAAAGUUUCACUGAUGUUCCUGUUCGUACUCCAGGGUGUAACAGCAAACCCCAAUCCUGCUGAUAAAAUGGAUAAAUCCAAGUCUCUCCGUUUCUUGGCUCUCGGUGAUUGGGGUGGGCUCCCAUUUUCACCAUACACAACUCCCGUGGAAAUGAGCACAGCCAAACAAAUGGGGGUUGUGGCCAAGACGAUGGGCGUUGACUUUAUUCUGUCACUGGGGGAUAACUUCUAUUACAGUGGAGUUUACGACGUUACAGACAACAGAUUUAAGGAAACAUUUGAGGAUAUCUUUUCUGCCGAGUCACUGAAGGACGUGCCCUGGUAUGUUGUAGCUGGAAACCAUGAUCACUCGGGCAAUGUAACUGCACAGAUCGAGUAUUCCAAAGUGUCCAAGCGAUGGAAUUUUCCGCAGUAUUACUAUGACCUGAACUUCACCAUAGCAGGCUCCAAUACCACCGUUACAAUAUUGAUGUUGGACACAGUCCUGCUGUGUGGGAAUUCUGAUGACUUCCGCGGAAUGGAGCCAGAGGCACCAAUGGAUUUUCAUGUGGCUAACACACAACUGCGGUGGGUUGAGGAGAAGUUGAAGGCCUCCAGAUCGGACUUUCUGAUUGUUGCUGGCCACUACCCAGUCUGGUCAAUUGCUCAGCAUGGACCCACUCGGUGUCUGGUGAAGAAGCUGUAUCCCCUGCUCACUAAGUACAGGGCCAGUGCAUACUUUUGUGGACAUGACCAUAAUCUGCAGUUUAUUCAGGACGAUAAUGGGAUUGGCUACGUCCUGAGCGGAGCUGGAAACUUCAUGGAAGAUUCUACCAAACACAAGCAUCGUGUUCCAGAGCACUGGUUGAAAUUUUUCUAUGCAGACAUUAGCUCUUUAGGGGGUUUUGCUUAUGUGGAGGUGAUGCCGGAGCAGAUGGUCGUCACCUAUAUUGAGUCCCAUGGCAAAUCUCUGUAUCAGACUACCAUCCCCAAACGAUCAGGCAGGUGAAGCACACAGAUAUUUAACACUUGAAGGGGAAAACAACUGUGCUAAAUGACAGACCUUGCUAAAAUUGAACCGAAUUGGUUCAUGUGAUUCCUUCUCUGGAAGCUGGUUUGUGUGCAAAGGCUUUGUUCUUUUUAGCCAAAAUCUCUCAAAUUGAACAGUAUUCUAAAUAGAGACGUUUAGUUUCCUUUGCUACUGAAGUGAAGUGCCAAUGAUUCCUUUCCUUCUAGCUUACCAAUAUGUAAGUAAUACUCAGGGAUUGACAGUUACAUUUCUAUUUUCUUGUUCUCCUGCUCUUCUGCUCUACCAGAUGUGCACAUGCUAGGAGUACAUUGGGAAAGUCAUCUAGUCUCAGAUUAGAUGGCAGGACUGAUUGAAGAACAAGGCAGCAGGACAAUUGGGAAUAGGGUGGCAAUAAGACAAACCGACUGAAUGAAUAAGAUGGAAGGCAAUGAGUGGAAUACCUUGACCUUCACAGUGGUCCACUCUAUACAAUGAUACAUCAUUCUCAAUCACAGAGAAAUUGCUUUGGUGCUUGCUAUGUCUACAGAUCAAGAACAUUCACUGUUAUUAUGGCAGGUCUAUGGCCUUAUUCCAUUAUCUGUACUUGCUCCAUUACCCUUAAUAUCAUUAGUUAAGAAUCAUCUACCAACCUUGGAUUUUAAAACAGACAAUUGAUGAUGGUCAAUUGUAAUUUGCAAAGAAUUGAUGACACUUCGGUUUAUGAUUACUUUAUAAUUCCAAAAAAUGUCUGGCUCUGAUGACAAAUUCUGUACUUAAUCUUCAGACUUCUAGGGAAUGGAAGACUUUAUUUUCUUUCUUUCCAGCUGUACAGCCAACGUGUGGUUCUAAAACUGUUGUGUCCAGAACAGCACGCAAUACUGCAGGACUUUGUACAGCUGCAAAACUAGUUCUAUCUCAUUAUACUCUAACCUAUGAUAUCGAAGCCUGCAUAUUACUAGACUUUAUCUUCUAUACCCAUGUGUAUCAUUUUAAUGAUCCACGUAGCCCAUCAAGUUUCUUUAGAUGUUGUUCCUUUUUCUUCAAUGCCAUUUAUUGUUCUUUUGCUUAACUCAAAGCAGGUAAUCUUAAACGGGCCAUGUUUUUCAUCUAUAAUUUUAUUAAUAUCUUUAAUGCUUCCAUCUAUAUUGUUUUAAAUGCCAUUCCUAUUUGCCAUCGGCAUCCAAACUGUUAAUAAACAUGGUGGAUAUUGAGGCUCCAGUACAGAUCUUUAGAUCUGAGUUAUAAAUUUUGUGUUUAAUGUGUGUAUUUUUUAAAUACUCCACACUGAUGUUCGGUUCUUUUUAUUCGGUAAUAACCAAACAAGGCUAGUCUGCCCCAUUGGUUUUGAUUGCAGACGUGUUUGUUACUUGCUUUUUUAAAAACUGAAAUUUGAUACACGUGCCAUAUCAAGUUGUCUUUGCAAUUAUUUAAAAGAAGGCAACACAUGGAAGGGCUCAAUGUAAUGAGGCAAGGUCCUCUGCGCUUCUCAUAGACAUGAGAAAGUCCAAAGCAACACAUUCUCUACGCUUCUGCUGGGAGCUGUGACCUUAUAGACUUUUCAGAAGCACCAUUUUCAAUGUGUUAUCCCAAUUACAUGUUGCACAUGUAAGAGAAAAAACUCUGCGAAUCUGCUCCGGACUGCUGACAUAAUGAUGCUAUUUAUGUCAGCAAUGUGCAUGACUGUAUUUGAUGUAUCUCAUGUUAAUCUGGUUCUGAUGUUUGACUUUUUGUAUGUUUUUUAAAAUCUGUCUUCAGGUGUGAAUUGUUCCAAAUUCUCUGGGAUUGUUUUAUAUGAUUAUUGACUUGUAAGCUUUGGAAUAAAUUAGAAUUAUUGCAAUA